AAACUCCAAGCUCAAGUGUGUGUGUGUGUGUGUGUGUUUUUCUGAGAGAAAGGAGGGACGGGGAAGAAUCUCUGCAUGAGUUCUCUCUGUGGCUUCAUUUCCUAUUACUGGGUAUAAACAUCAUUGGAUUUUGAGUUGGUUGGCAAUUUCCUUUUGUGGAAGUCGCAGAUUCUUAGAUCUAUGUUAUUUGAUCUGUUUUUUGUUUUUUUUUUCAACGUUCCCCCGCCUCCUCUUUUUUCAAUUUCUGUAAUCAUCACUUUUUGAUUCAAACAUGUCACUCAUAACACAACAGUGCAUUUUCCUUCACUUUCUCGGGAAAAUUUGACCGUUUUUUCUCUUUUGUCACUUUUCUAAUAAUACCCAUUUGUAAUUUUUGCAUCUCCAGAUCUACUAUCUUGGCGUUGUACUUCUAAUUCAAGAUCUAGCUACAAUUUUACGGCUUUAGAUCUGGGUUGUUUUCUUUCUUGGAUAUCUUUGGUUUCUAGAUUGAAUGUGUAUUGUCCCUUCUUAUUAGACGGAGAAAAAAAGAAUGAAUUAUUUCCCAGACGAGGUAUUAGAGCAUGUUUUCGACUAUGUAACGUCACACAGAGACCGCAACGCGUUGUCUCAGGUCUGUAAAUCAUGGUACAGAAUCGAAAGCUCCAGCAGGCAGAAGGUGUUUAUAGGAAAUUGCUAUGCGAUCAGUCCAGACAGAGUGAUCGAAAGGUUUCCUGCUUUAAAGUCUAUUACUUUGAAGGGAAAGCCUCAUUUCGCUGACUUCAAUCUUGUCCCACAUGAUUGGGGAGGUUUCGUUUACCCUUGGAUCGAAGCUUUCGCCCGGAACAGAGUCGGCUUGGAGGAGCUCCGGCUGAAAAGGAUGGUGGUUUCCGAUGAAAGCUUGGAGCUGCUGUCAAGGUCUUUUGCGAAUUUUAAGUCUUUGGUUCUUGUUAGUUGUGAAGGUUUCACCACUGAUGGGCUUGCUGCUAUUGCUGCUAAUUGUAGGUUUCUUAGAGAGCUGGACCUGCAAGAAAAUGAAGUUGAGGAUCACAGAGGCCAUUGGCUUAGUUGUUUCCAUGACAGCUGUACAUCUCUUGUAUCACUUAAUUUUGCUUGCCUUAAAGGAGAUAUUAAUUUAGGAGUUCUUGAGAGACUCGUAGCAAGAUCUCCAAAUCUCAGGAGUUUGAGGUUAAAUCGGGCAGUUCCAUUCGAUACGCUCCAAAAGAUAUUGAUGCAAUCACCUCAGUUAAUAGACUUGGGUGUAGGAUCUUAUAUACAUGAUCCAGAUUCUGAAGCCUACAAUAAAUUAUUGACCGCCAUUCAAAAAUGUAAAUCAGUCAGGAGUUUGUCGGGGUUUUUGGAUGUUGCUCCUCACUGCCUACCAGCUUUUCACUCGAUUUGCCCAAACCUGACAUCCUUGAAUCUAAGCUAUGCUCCAGGAAUUCAAGGUAGUGAGCUCACAAAGCUAAUUCGCCAUUGUAGGAAACUCCAGCGCUUGUGGAUAUUAGACUGUAUCGGAGAUAAAGGACUAGAAGUUGUGGCAUCCACUUGUAAGGAUUUGCAGGAACUGAGGGUUUUCCCUUCAGAUCCCUACGUAGGAAAUGCGGGAGUGACAGAAGAAGGCCUGGUGGCCAUUUCCGGUGGUUGUCCUAAGCUUCAUUCAAUUUUAUACUUCUGUCAGCAGAUGACGAAUGCAGCCCUCAUAACAGUAGCCAAGAACUGCCCCAAUUUUAUCCGCUUCAGGUUGUGCAUCCUGGAUCCCAUAAAACCAGAUGCUGUGACCAUGCAGCCAUUGGAUGAAGGUUUUGGGGCUAUUGUUCAUUCAUGUAAGGGUCUCAGGCGGUUGUCGAUGACUGGUCUUCUGACUGACCAAGUUUUCCUUUACAUUGGGAUGUAUGCCGAGCAACUUGAAAUGCUUUCAAUUGCAUUUGCUGGGGAUGGUGACAAGGGAAUGCAGUUCGUAUUAAAUGGUUGCAAAAGACUUCGCAAAUUAGAGAUCAGGGACUGCCCUUUUGGCAAUGGAGCACUUCUGAUGGACGUGGGAAAGUAUGAAACAAUGCGAUCCCUUUGGAUGUCGUCCUGUGAAGUGACUCUUGGAGGCUGCAAAACCCUAGCAAAUAAGAUGCCGCGGCUCAAUGUGGAGAUCAUGAAUGAAAAUGAGCUAGCAGAUUUUAUUUGUGAUGAUACACAGAAAGUAGACAAGAUGUACCUAUAUCGGACAUUGGUAGGGCGACGGAAAGAUGCACCGGGCUUUGUGUGGACUUUGUAAGUGAAUCUGGGGUGUAUAUUUCUGGCAAUGCUGAAUAUUAUUUUCUUUGUUAUUAACUAGUACUUUAGUUAGGCCAGCUGAUUUUUCGGUUUUUUAGCCUGUUGUUUUCUAGAGGCAUGCUACUCUUUGAUUUUAUCAGAGAUUUGCUAUUUGUAAUCCUUGUUAUUAUAAAUAGAACUUUGUUAGCACUUGGCAAAAUCUGCCAGUUCCAAA